AUGCUGGAACGAAUAAUAGACAUCGCAUAUGAGAUAACGUCGACCAUUGUGAUCGCAUCGUUCCUUGUGGUUGUAUCGCUCUUGGCAUUAUGGCACAACUUCGUGACAGCACAUUUGACAAGACAUCGAGAUUUCAGAGAUACCAGGGGCUCAAAAACUACAAUAAUACCAUAUCAUGAUGGAAGUUUACGGAGAAAGAAAAGUAGGGCACCAGCCGGGUCGAACUCUCCGAAUUCUUCGAGCCAUCCGAGUCGUGGCAUAGAUGUAGAAGAAGACGAGGAGCACAAUAUCGAGUUCGACCACACUGUCCACAGCGAUGAAACUAGACCGUUUACUGGGGACAGCUCACAUUGUGGAUCCGAUCGAGAUUCCGCGCUCAUGAGUGAUGCGAGGUCAUACGACAAUGACCCCAAGCGUCGUCUCGAAUUGGAAGACAAUCCAUUCCAGGAUGUCUUGGCUGCAGAGGAUCUGAAACUGGUCCCGGAUCUAAAAUACUACUACAAACAGUAUAACAUCGAGAUCGAAGAGUUCGAAGUCGAGACCGAUGACGGGUUCAUCAUUGACUUGUGGCAUCUGAAACGCGACAACAACGACGAUGGCCACAUGCACCCUGUGCUGAUGCUACACGGUCUCUUGCAAAGUAGUGGAUCGUUCGCCUCAAGCGGACGAAAAUCGCUGGCUUAUUUCCUGCAUCAAUCUGGGUUCGACGUCUGGCUCGGCAACAAUCGCUGCGGAUUGCAUCCCAAAUGGAACAAGAAAAUCUUGGGUAGAAAUAAGCGCAAUAGAUGGGACUGGGAUAUGGAUCAAAUGGUUCAAUACGAUCUGAGAGCCUUGGUGGAAAGCGUGCUGGCGAAGUCGAAAAAUGAGAAACUAACAUUGGUGUCACAUUCCCAAGGUACGACGCAAGGGUUUAUGGGGCUGGUUAACGGUGAACUUCUGUACCAGGAUGGUUACAAUCUCAGUGAAAGGAUUGACAACUUUGUUGCCCUGGCACCUGCCGUGUAUCCCGGUCCUCUACUGGAUGAAAAGGCUUUCGUCAAGUUUAUGGCAAAAGGUAUUGACAAUCCCUGGAUCUUUGGCAAUAAAUCAUUUCUUCCUUUGAUGUUGUUCAUGCGCAAGAUCACCAACGGUGUGAUCCUGAUCCCAUUCAUGUCCUACGUGAUGUUCAACUAUUUGUUCGACUGGAACGACUCUCUUUGGGACAGGCCUUUGAGAGAUCGUCACUUUCUGUUUUCCCCAGUUUACAUCUCGGUAAAGCUCAUGCAAUGGUGGCUGAGCCCGAGCGCCAACAAGAUCAGUUUCAAGAAGGGCGCUGGUACCUUAUUCCCAGAUUCCAAGACAUGGUUUCCGGUCGAUAACGCGCAUCCCGUCGCCAAACCAGAGGGUUUACAUAUGAAUAGAUCCCGACCAAAUGCAGCUGAUUAUCCGCGAUUUUUGAUGUUCAUUCCAAAGCAAGAUAGAUUGGUCGACGGAGAAAGGUUAAUAAACCAUUUCAUCAAUCACGAAUCAACCUCCAUAUACAAAAUUUGGUACAUUGAGGAAUACUCACAUCUGGAUGUGCUCUGGUCUCACGACGUGAUAGAUAGAGUCGGCCAGCCACUGAUAGAGAACCUCAGACUCACCAAACAGGUCAAAGAUUCUGAUUCUAAUUGA